UUCCUGGCAGCAACAACAACACAGAAGCCGGAGCAGUCCGUGUCGCCCCUUCGCUGUCAGUAGCAUCUUCAUGUCACCCCCUGCUCCAGUGGCAGAGAGGAUGGUCCAGCGGAUCAGCAGCCGGGGGUGCGAAUGACAGUCUUUAGAUAAUGGCCCUCGAUGUUUGCAAGUUUCUGAACGUACGGCUGGUGAUCAAGUGAGACGACCGUGGAAGGAAAACGCAGAACCAUGUUGCUCUAAAGCGUAACCUGUGGUGAAUAGGGGGAGGAGGAAGAGGAGGAGAAGGUGAAAGAGAGGCUAGCAGACAGGGAUCUGUCAGAGCUUCCAGUUGGUGGCCUCUUGCAAACUCGAAGCAAUGGGCAACACGGCCACUAAGUUCCGCAAGGCCCUUGUGAGUGGUGACGAGGCUCUGGCAUGGCAGCUGUAUGAGGGAAACCCUCAGUUCAGGGACAGCCUGGACCCAAAUGCAUCAUAUGGAGAGCAGUACCAGCACAACACAGCCCUGCACUACGUAUGCCGCCAUGCCAUGACACGUCUGCUCAGGUCGUUCCUGUUCAGCAAAGAGGGAAACCCAAACAAGCGAAAUGUGCACAAUGAGACGUGCCUCCAUGUGCUGUGCCAAGGCCCACAGAUCCUGCUGCUACCAGAGGGAGCGCUGUCACCGCGACUGGCCCGACCGCAAAGGGACGAACAGCGCCGUACCGACUGCCUGCAGAUGAUUCUAAGCUGGACCGGGGCCAGGCUGGAGGGAGGCCAGUACGAGAAGGCUAAUGUCAAUGCCACAGACAACCACCACAGCACCUGUCUGCACUAUGCUGCUGCUGCAGGCAUGAAGAGCUGCGUGGAGCUGCUGAUCCAGAGUGAAGCAGAUCUUUUUGUGGAGGAUGAGGACAAGCUGACGCCAUGCGACCACGCCGAGCGCCACCACCACACCGAGCUGGCUCUCAGCCUGGAGUCGCAGAUGGUUUUCUCCUCCGCCUCGGCUCAGCAGUCAAAUGCAGACGCACAUGGCGAAACCAGCCUGCUGCAAUACAAGGAGCCUUAUGAGGGCCUGAAGCUUCAGGAUCUGCGCAGGUUGAAGGACAUGCUGAUCGUAGAGACAGCAGACAUGCUGCAAGCCCCCCUCUUCACUGCUGAGGCCCUGCUUCGGGCGCAUGACUGGGACAGAGAAAAGCUCCUGGAAGCUUGGAUGUCAGACGCUGAAGGCUGCUGCCAGCGCUCCGGUGUCGCCAUGCCAACCCCACCGCCCAGUGGCUACAAUGCUUGGGACACCUUGCCAUCUCCCCGCACUCCCAGGACCCCACGCUCCCCCCUAACACUCACCCUUACCUCCCCCACUGACAGCUGCCACACACCUGGAGAGGAGGGCCUGGCAACGUGUGGAAUCUGUCUCUGCUCCAUCUCAGUCUUUGAGGACCCAGUUGACAUGUCAUGCGGCCACGAGUUCUGCAGAUCCUGCUGGGAGGGGUUCCUCAAUGUUAAGAUUCAGGAGGGCGAUGCUCACAAUAUCUUUUGCCCAGCUUAUGAGUGUUAUCAGCUGGUGCCCGUGCAUGUAAUAGAGAGUGUGGUUUCCAAAGAGAUGGACCAGCGAUAUCUACAGUUUGAUAUCAAGGCAUUCGUGGAGAACAAUCCAGCCAUCCGCUGGUGUCCUGCGGCUCGUUGUGAGCGGGCAGUGAGGCUUACCCGGCCAGGCCCUGGGGACAACGACCCUCACAACUUCCCCUUGUUGCCCUCCCCAGCUGUCGACUGUGGCAAAGGUCACCUCUUCUGCUGGGAGUGCCUUGGUGAGGCCCAUGAACCAUGUGACUGUCAGAUGUGGAGGAACUGGCUCCAGAAAGUCACAGAGAUGAAGCCUGAGGAGUUGGCGGGUGUGAGUGAGGCCUAUGAGGAUGCUGCUAACUGUCUGUGGCUGUUGACCAACUCCAAACCAUGUGCCAACUGCAAGUCGCCCAUUCAGAAGAAUGAGGGCUGCAACCAUAUGCAGUGUGCCAAGUGUAAAUAUGACUUUUGUUGGAUCUGUCUGGAGGAGUGGAAGAAACACAGCUCAUCCACAGGAGGCUACUAUCGCUGUACUCGCUAUGAGGUCAUCCAGCAGCUAGAAGAGCAGUCCAAAGAGAUGACUGUAGAGGCAGAAAAGAAGCACAAAAGUUUUCAGGAGCUGGACCGCUUCAUGCACUACUACACUCGCUUCAAAAACCAUGAACACAGUUACAAGCUGGAGCAGAAGCUGCUAAAAACAGCGAAAGAGAAGAUGGAGCAGCUGAGCAGAGCCUUCAUUAGCCGUGAGGGCACUCCUCCAGACACACGUUUUAUCGAGGAUGGUGUGACCGAGCUGCUGAAGACGCGCCGCGUGUUGAAGUGCUCUUACCCUUACGGUUUCUUCCUGCAGCAAGGCAGCACACAGAAAGAGAUAUUUGAGCUCAUGCAGACCGACCUGGAGAUGGUGGUGGAGGAUCUGGCUCAGAAGGUCAACCGGCCAUACCUGAGGACACCAUGCCAUAAGAUAAUCAGUGCGGCACGACUAGUGCAGCAAAAGAGACAGGAGUUCCUGGCAUCAGUGGCCCGUGGCGUUGCUCCCAAUGAUUCUCCCGAACCUCUCCGCAGGAAUUACCCUGGAGGAUCAUGGGAUUGGGAAUACCUUGGCUUCGCCUCCCCUGAGAUGGGAAGCCGUCACUCUGUACUGGGAGCAGGAGAUCAGAGAGACAGACAGUCACAGGAUUAUGCUGAUAUCCAGUACCGUCGGAGACACAGACCACGGCGCAGAGGAGACAUGCUGAGUCUGCAUAACCUCAGAAGCAGCAGCAACACACCAGAGAUCAGCAGGAGGAGUGACAACACAGAUGGCACAGAAAGAAGCGAGGGUCACAGGAGAGCAUUGGGCUCUCUUGAUGAAGAUGAUCCUAACAUCCUUCUAGCGAUUCAGCUGUCACUCCAGGAGUCCCGCAGAGAGCGAGGCCUGGAGGGAGGGGUGGAAGUGGAGCAUGGGCUGGACAGAGGCCAUGAGAGGAGGUCGGGUCCAGCAGGAGAGCUGGCUGAUGUUGCUUUGCACUCUCACAACACAGAGGGUCCUCCAACAGCCAGAGGCUCAUCCUUCUCUACUUCUCUCCUGGAUCCUCCUCGUCCCCCAAACAGGACAGACUCCACCUCUCAGCCAUCCAUAUCUAACUCCAUCUCCCUCCCUCCCCCUCCUCCUUCCCUCAGCACAGAGCUGCUGGAGCUGGGAGACAGCCUUAUGAAACUGGGGAACAUAACCACUCCGUAUGACCUGGACACACACACACAGGAGCAGCUCUGCUCACACCACACAUACAACCACAGUGCACUGACUGCUCCCUACACCACUGAACCUGCCUACAGCGACUGCAGCCAUAGACGAGAUCAGAAUGCACCAAUGCCUCAGUAUGUGUUCGAUCAUAUCACCAUCACAGAUCCUUGUUAUGACAGCAAAGAGCAGAAUUACUGCCUCGUACCUUCUCAUUUAGCUGGGGUUGAACACACUGCCUCCUGUGCACUUGAACACACCGAAAACCCCACACAUCCUAGUUCGUAUAACCGAGAACAUACAAGUACAUAUGACAACACUGCAAAACCAGAAAGCUCUUACCACCCCUGCCCUGAGCGCAGUAGCUCCUACACUACAGAGCGGCCUACCACAUAUGCUCUUGAACAACCAUCUAGGUCAGAAUCCCAACCGCCUGUCCAGUUGUGCCUGCCAUCUCCAGAGCUUGAGCCGGAGCUGCUGCUUUCACCGGUGAUUCCCCCCGGAGGCCCUUUCACCCCCAGUGAUCCUCAGAGUCUGGAGGCUCUGGAUCCCACAGCCAGUGCUCAGCUGCUGGACAACAUCAUGGCCUGGUUUAACAGCAACAUAAACCCCCAGAACAACCCCCAGAGCCUGGCUCUUAUCCCCUCCCCACCCACCACGGAAACGGACUCCUCCCCUGACACACACACUGAGGGUGAAACUUCCAGGCAUGAGACCCCCACCCCAGUCUGGCAGCCCCAGGAGGGUGAGCUAGAAGGGGACCAAGGAGAGGCAAAUCGGCAAGCAUUAGGUGCUGCAGGUGUGGAGGGCCCCAAGACAUCGAGGCCUAGCUCUCUGGAGCUGGAAAAAAGAGACACUGGAGAAGUAGGUGUGGAGGCAGGGUGUGUGGCUGACCUGUCGCUGGACGAAGUGCGCGCACACCCAUCCUCACGCUCCCUACAUGGAAACAGUCCAGCACACACUGCCCCAGCCACAGAGAGAGACUUGGACCCUGUCCUUCAGUUAGAGGGGAACAGGUCACCUGAGGAGUGGGAGGAACAAGAACACUUAGUGUGAAGCAACAGAACAAUGUAGAGAAAAGUUUGAGCCGGAAGAUUAGUUAAGUAAAUCAAAGAAAGUGUGUCUGAGGCUCAAGUGUUUACUGUAUGUACCAUACUGUAUCUAGAGAGGACAGACAGCUCUGCAGACUUGGUCUGGUAAAGAUGAUGUCACAUGCAGUUGAAUUAUUUUUAAGUGCAUUUUGUCUGCUGUGACGACAGACAACUUUUUCUUUAAAAAAAAAAAAAAAAGGGUAUUUAAAACAGAGUUCCUCAAAAGAAAGCUACUGAUAUCAUCAUACAUAAAAUGCUCCAAUGUUUUGUUUUCUUAUUUAUUCCCCUGCCUCCUGUAUUUUAUCUCCUCAGUUUGUUCAGGGUGAAGUUUUGGUGCUGAUAUCCAAACUUGCCUCAUAUAACAACACACUGACCCAACCACAAGCCUGUUCAGAGCUCCAAGAGCCAAACAAGACGACAGCUGUAUACUUGGAGCCUGUUUUAGCGUGCUGUACAAUCAGAGGGCCUGAUUCAGAUUUUUGGACCUUCAUGCACACUGUGCCUGUUUUGUUAGUGCCAACAAAGUGUGGAUUGCUCCUUUCAGUAAGAAAAAUGACACACCUGCUUGUGGCGUAAACAUCACACUGUUACAACGUACUGUAAUGACUGUUUAAGGCGUUGUUUAAGAUCUCGGCCCUCUGCCCAGGAAGGUCUCAUCUACAGAGCAGUUUGUGAGAAGUGUGCGUGCUAGUUUUAAGGUGGGUUUGAACUGUGUGUUUGCUGCUCAUUGCAUUACCUGCUGCACAUUACUAAAUGCUCCUGGAUCAUCAGAGGUGAGCAUCUGUUGUACGGUAUUUGACUCACGAUGGCUCAUAAAUUUGUUUCUAUGUCCAAAACUCCAAAAUUGUCACCAAAUUUCACAAAACACACAACAUGAAAACAGCUGAAUAAGUAAAUUCAUUGUACAAGGUUAUCAGAAAAUAACUUUUAUAUCUACAAUUAGUUUUAUUUCACAUAAAUUUGCCUAAAAAAUUAUUUAGCGCAUUUAUUUAUUAAAUUGUGAAGAAGUUUUGAGAAAAAUGUCAAUUUGCCAAAAAUCUUUGACAAAAGCAGCAGUUUUUUGAUUGAGGAAAAAUACUGUUGAUCUUAUUUAUUCUUCUGUAUGUCCAUUAUUCAGCCUCAGCUUGUAUCAAAUGUCUGAAUUCAUGUUGUGUGUUGAGACAUUGGCUGUUUGGACCAAGAGUUUUGCACUCUGAGCCAAGGCAGCCAUCAUAAAUACUCAAAAUUAAUUAAAUCGUGGUUAACUACAGCAUAUCAUAUCUGUUCCACUAUUGAUGGUUGGUACAGUGUGCCGGGACUUGGGUUGGGUUUUUACUGUCAUUUAUCUUUUAUAUUUUUCUUUAUAUUUUCCUCAUAGAGAUUACCUUUCUUGUAGUUAAGACCAGAGUCAUCGGGUCUGUGUGCCUUUUUGUUUUAAUCAUUUUGUUGAUAUUUAUUCUAGCAAUUCAUUUUUAAUCAUACUAAACAAAGUCGCUAUUGAGAUGUAAUGGAGAGUACGCCACUUUAAUUCACAUGAUUUGUGAUUAAAUGACUGAUUUAUUUCACUUUAAAUAAGCCCCACAGUAAAUGCACAUGUGGCUAUUUAGUCUGAAGCUGCUUUGAGGCUGAAAGUUUUACACUAAUGAACGGCCAUUCAUCUGAAUGUUCAAAUCUAGCUGAGCUUUGAUUUCAUGAGGCAGGUGACAACCAGCUUAUCAUUCAGCCUCCGGUUUUAAAUCUUUAGGCCUAGGUAAAAUGUUUACAGCGGAAUUAAACACUGCCUGCUGUGAUGAGAAAUGGUUUGGUGCUUUGGCCUGUGAAAUGAGAAUAAUUGAGUGUUUUAAUCAAGCUUUUAAUGGCAUUGUGUAUAAGAACAACUGAAGUAUCUCCCUCUAGUAGACAUGUCACAGUUGAAGGUUCAACCUUGCUUAACCUGAGAUUUGAAUUGAUGAACUCUAAAAUUAACCAUUUCAUUUAUGAAGAAUUGAAUGGUGAAGGUGCUGAACAGGUUGUACGUACCUACUGUAACAUUUCAUAAAAGCCUACUGAGAUGUGAGGGUGGCUGGUGUUGCCUGUAAUAUUUUGAAUUCAUUCCCAGAGACAUGCAAUGAUUUACAGGACUACACAUUUAUUUUCAUUUACAUUGUGCGACCAUGAAAGCAUUGAAUCUUUAAUAUAUCUUUUGCAUAAUCAUGCUGAUACUGUGCUGCAGUAAUCCAGUGCUAGCAGGAAACACUCAUGCAGGAAUGAUAGUUUUAUUAUUUUCCUUUGGAAGUAAAUUGAUGGUGUGAAUGAAUGGUUCUGGGCCAUUUUGUGUUCCAUAUAUUCUAUCAAUAACUUUAUGCUCCUUCAACCAACAACUUCUUAAUUUUAAAAAAUGAAAUUGCACUCUCAUAAAUUAUACUUGAUACAUUCCCUGCUAGUCUCAAGAAAGGUUUGAUGUGUGGCCAGAUCUAUGAAUGAAAGUAUCAGUGCAAAGUUUACUCUCAAUAAAAGGAACUGAAAGUG